UAUCUCAAUGUUUGAAGGGCACAUUAUAUUAUUUGAUAUCUGAUAAUCAGCGGUCGGUCGGUCGACUCUCUUAUCAUAAGUAAAAUUUUCAUCCCGUGCCCGUGACAUUUUACGUAGUAAAAACUAAAAAGAUCCUGAAGUAGCAUAAUUGGUUUAACUAACGCCGGUAAAAUGGCUGUUUGGAGUUCAUUGAAGCUGGGAUCGGCGAUCACCAAAUGUUUGAGUUCAAAGAAAACUGACAUGCUAAAAUCAUCUGCUCUCGUACCAACUCGUAACAUGAGUGGCCAUCAUCUGAUGGGUAUAAGGGAAACUCGUUGGCAAUGGGCUAAGUUCAAGGAUUUACUUCAUUAUUAUGUUUUGGUUGGUGUUAUUCCUUUAACAUUACUUAUCACUGGUGUUAAUGUUUUUAUUGGACCAGCUAAAUUGGCUCCAAUUCCUGAAGGCUAUAGACCUGCACAUUGGGAAUACUAUCGGCAUCCAAUCACCCGGUGGAUGGCACGUUAUAUUUAUCCCAGUCCACAACAGCAGUAUGAAAAAUAUUUACAUACAUUAUAUGAAGAAGAUGAAAAAUUUAAAGUCAGAAUGGUAGCAAACAAAAUUAAUGAAAUGAUGAAGGAUCGAUCAGACUACAAAUCAUUUUAUUAUCGACCUAUCUCUGCUAACCAUCACAGAAUUAGUAAAGAAGCUAUGGAUCGUCAAGAAACUGAAGGACUUAACUAAUUAUGUAUGUUUGAAUAAUUAAAUUAGAAAUUGUUAAUUUUAUAGUAGGUACUAAAAACAUUAUAAACAUACAUAAUAUGUUUUGAAAAAUCCAGAUAGAAUAUUAUAUUUUAUAUCAUAUGUUCAAAAAUAAUAAAAAUUGUCUGGCCUGUUUUGGUUCAACAAAUGUUGUACAUCCUGUAA